UUCUCCGCAUCGUAUUCCGAAUUGUUUUCAUCCGAAUUCGAAGAAGCACUUGCCAGCAUCUUAUUUAUCGUUUGCGAAUUAAUGUACAUGUAUUACAUGAAUUACUUAUGCGAACACUCAUACAAUUAUUAUAACAAUUUUUCAAUGGAAAUGUAAGCAUUCGAUCACUAAACGGUCGAUUCGAUCAUUUUGAAUGUGUGUCAGAAGAAAUUUUACCAAUGAUUCCAGUUUCCACGACAACUGGUACAAAACUACUGUAGCAACUCAAAAGUCAUUGCUGAACAUGAUGUUGAGAACCAGCAAGACAUUCUCGUUCAGCAUUUACAAUUGUUACAUCGGCACAGUAGAGGGCUUUUCAACGGUAUAUUCGUUUAUAAUUAAUAUUUGUUAAUAUUUCUUAUUUGACAAAGGCACAGUAGCGAUCUAUAAACAUUAUUUACCUUGCAGCUGGUGAAAACUUCAGUGUCGUAUUUUAUGAUGAUAUCUUCCAUGCAGGAGCAAUACUCUGAUCCAUGA